AUGUUAACAAUUAAGCAUCAAAGAAUUAUUUUAGAGCAAUUAGAAACAAAUGCAGAUGUAGAUAUAGAACACCAAACAUUUUUAAAUAGAUGGAUCAUAAGAGGUACUAUAAAAGGCAAACUAAUUAAAUAUCUAUUAUCAAACUAUUCAUCUUCAUCAUCUUCCCCAAACUUGGUAUUAACACAAUCAACGCCCGCAUCAAUACCAGGUGCACCUAUGACUCCACCCUCCUCACCACAUCCAACUCCACCAUCAUUUAUCUCAUUAUCCCCAUCCGCCACAUCAUCAUCAACAACAAAGAAAGAACAGCAGUGGAGGGGUAUGACAGCAUCAUUAGAAGAACUAUUUCAUAAAUCAAAUUUGUUAAAUGACUGGAUUUCCGAAAACUAUGAUGGCGAUAAAACGUCCAAGUAG